CCUUUAUGAACUGGGUUAACAUCUUGGUCUGACCACCCUUGACGUUCUUCUGGCUGUCCUACUUUGACCAACCUCUCUUUUCGUGACAACCAAGUUUAGAAUGUUAUUAGGAAAGAUUUCAAAUGAAAAUUGUAUGUCCUUUCAGUGCAGGGAAUUCAACCCUCAAAUGAGAGUUUUUACCGUUAAUUUUAGGCUCUAAUUCUGUUUUAUAGCCAUUUGUGUGUCGCGUUGCAUGUUGAUUUUGGAGAAGAUAUCUUUUAUGUGCCACACUUAUUCACGUCCUACAAAGUUCGAUUUUUCUGAAUUUCAGACAGCUCAAGACUGGCACCACGAUGCGGCUGUUUUGGCCCAGCUUAUUAAUGAUUGCAAAGGGGACAUAGUUAUGUAUACUGGUGCUGGUAUCAGUACUUCUGCAAGCAUUCCAGACUACAGAGGCACAAAUGGUUUAUGGACAGUGCAAACUAACCAAUUGAAUAGUAUUGAUUUAGGUAUUGAGAUGUGGCUUCCGAGUUUUUAUUUUAGUUCCAUCUAACCUUGGUUCUGACAAAAGUAAUGGAGUGAGAUGUUCGGAUAUCCCAGAAAUACAAAAUAAAAGGCUCAAUAACAAGAAGGUUUCGAAGUCAGCCAAAAGUAUCCCGUUGAGGCUACGACUUCCAGAAGCUACAGCCGCUAGGCCAACAUUCACUCACAUGGCUAUUAAAGUCCUUGUGGAUGAUGGAUAUGUUCGACACGUGGUUUCUCAAAAUGUUGAUGGCUUGCACAUACGUAGUGGCUUGAAACGUGAAAAACUUUCAGAAUUGCAUGGUAAUUUGUUUAUUGAACAAUGCAUUGCCUGUGAAUACAGUGUUUUCCGGAUAUUUGAUGUUGCUGAAACAACUUCUCGUUCAUAUCAUUUUACUGGGCGUUUAUGUCCUCGCUGUCGAGAUUUACAUCCCGUUGAGAGUUUGAUAGCGAGUGGUGUAUUACGGCAAACAGCUGAACAGUUAGCAGUAUCCAAAUACAAAACAAAUGUAUCAAAUGAAAGUCUAAUGUUAAGUUAUCGAUAUGCUGCAAGAAAGUUAGCUAAGUCAUUUAGAAGUAUAAGUCUCAAAGAGAUACAGCAAUUAUAUAGUGCAAGGAAUUCAUUUGUUCCAACAGAUUCAGAAGUUCUUACGAAAGCGCCUUUAUUGAGGGAUGUUGUUGUGCACUUUUUUGAACGUCAGCCUGAAAUGGGACUAGCGGAAAUAUAUCGCAUUCAAUCGGCAAUAGAUGCUGUACAUGGUCGCAAAGCUCUUCGAGAUGCUGUUACAUCUACUUCAAAAGACUGUAAACUUUUGGACCGUGGAUGUAAACGUCCUAAUGAAGAAUCAAUCAAGUAUCUUAUAGGAUCUCCGUGGUUCAAAAGAAUGCGUCCUGCAAUAAAGAUAGAGUGCCAAGACCUCUCCAAAUCUACUGCAGUGGGUGAUACGCCAUGUGUUUCUUCUGAUCCUUUGGACACACCUGCUAGGUUAAUUAUUGUUGUUGGUUCAUCUUUAACUGUUUUACGCAAUUAUCAAUUCUUGUGGCCGAACGGCCUUGGUAGAUGUGUUCGAAAAGGGUCAUUGCAGAAAAUCACAAUGAAAUCAUCACCUUCUAACUGCACUUCCAAAUUUACUUCAAGUUCUGAUUCUCGUGGAAAUUGUCGCUUAGUUAUUGUCAAUUUACAACCGACUUGUAAAGAUGGGGUUGCUGAUUUAGUGCUUCGUGUUCCUUGUGAUGAGUUGUUUCGUUCUGUCAUGUUAGAGCAUUUACAAAUAAAUGUUCCAGAGUAUGAUGUCAAAUAUGACCCUCUUUUUUCUGUAGGGCUAUCUUUAUCUCCAGAAGAGGAGUGCACUCGUACCCGUCCAAAUAUUCCGUUUUCCUCACUAUGAUUUAUUAUUAUUACUAUUUUGUUAUGCCCUACUGCAUAGUUGCUCAAGAAAUUUUGGUGGUAUUGUUCUAUGUUUCUACGCUUUGUACUUCGCUCUUAUAUGAGGAAAACUAAUACCACUGUAAAGGAUAAAAUGCAUUUACGACAGUCAUAGUUCCUUUUCUAAUAGAGUUGUGUCUUGUUAUGGUAUGCUAUCUCUUUGUUGACUCCGUGGUGUCAUUUAAAGUAUUGCUAGUUAUUAAGAUGUAAAUUUGUUUCUUCUCACGUAAAAUCUUUUCAAUAUUAA